CUACCCCCCACCAUCUCCCUCGCUUCCUCCCGCUUUUUCUUGGUGGUUUCCAUGGCGGAGUUUCCACCGAAUCUUGACGACGGCGAGCUCUGGCUGCCGUCGGAGAUCUUCCCGGACGUCGGUGUCUGCCACCACCGCCAUCGCCAGCCCGUCGCCGCCGGCCUCCGCUCCGACCUUUCCUACGUGGACGACCUCGCCGAGAAGCUCGCUGCCUUCGGCCUCCUCGAUCGCAGCAACCUUCUUCUCCCUGCCGUCCGACGCAACCCUCAUCGCGCCGAUCGGUUUCGGUUUGAGAGCGGACCCGCUACCCGUUUCGGACCGAUGGCGGAGAGGGAGACAGGAGCGGGAAUGGUGUACGACGGGUUCCGGCCACCAGCGGCGGCGGCGCGGCGAGUGGUCGCUGGGUGGCUGCCGGCGUUUCCGUUUUCUCCGGCGAAGCCGGCUCAGGUGGAGAUAUUUGGGCCGGAGAGAACUGUGGUUCUGGCGAGGCAGCAGCAGGUGCCGGUCCAAGCCCCAUUGGUUCCGGUCCGGACCGGCGGGUCGGGGAGAGAGUGCGGAGGGACCGGCGUCUUUCUACCUCGGGUGAUCAGUAACGAAGUCACGGCUCCAAUGAAGAAGAGAUCUAGCACCAAAGGUGGAGGAGAGCAGCGGAAGCAGCCCACAGGGAUUGCGGCAAUGGGGAAGCAAGGAAUGGCGUUUCAUCAGGCCCCCCCUCCUGAGAUGGGUCUGCCUCAGGACUGGACCUACUGAGGGCUGAGGCCCAACCCCCGGACCCAUCCCCUCUGUCAGUCACUGUGUAAAGGAAAAGACCCCUUGUUUUGUUGUUUUGUUGUCUUUUGAGGAAUAAGUACAAGGAAAGCGGAA